AUGCGCUGCUCAACUCUCACACUCCUCGGCCUCGCAGCCGUCACCCGCGCAACAUGGGACGGCCAAUUCAGCUACCCACCAGGCAUCGAGCCCCUCGGCCUCGCCAACGGCAACGUAGACUUCAACAUCAAGACCUUUGGCCCCCUCACAGGUCCCCCCUCAGACUGCAUCUCCGUCUGGCACCCUCCCCACCCAGACGUCUACAUUGACGACUGCGACAGCGACAAGGAGCACGGCUGGCACUGGAUCCACCCAGGCAAGCCCAAAUGGGGCGGCGGCGACAAAGACAAGGGCGGCCACAAGUGGAAGAAGCCCAAGCACACAAAGAAGCCCGGCUGCGACAAGUGCGAGCAGCCCACCGAGACCGAGACCGCCCCCUCGGCCCCGGAACCCACAGAAACCCCCGACCAGCCCGACCAGCCGGAGCAGCCCGAGCCCACCACCACGCCGCAGUCAUGGAAGUGGACCACCUCCACAAUCACCCAGACCGCCGUCUCCACAAUCUACAGCUGCCCGCCCAGCGUCCCCAACUGCCCCGGCAACGGCGGCGGCACAAUGUACGAGACCGUCACCGUCCCCGCCGUCGUGACAAUCUGCCCCGUCCCCGUCGAGCCCAACCCAGGCCCGACC